UUAACGCCAACAUAUACAUACUUGAAACAAAUUUUCCAAUAUUUCCAAUCUCCAUCUGCAAAUAAUGGCUUUGAUUUGCAGCAAUGACUUUACUUUAAUUGGGAACCCACUGUUGCCAUCUACAUUUCCGGUCAUGCAACUCCCGCAUCGAAAUUUAAAGUUAUCAACCAGAAAAUUGAGGAGUUUUCAAGCUCAUGCAAUUGAUCUCAAAGGUACCCAAGGAAUGGAUGAGCUUCAUCUCCACGAAGUUGAACUCAAAGUCCGCGACUAUGAAUUGGAUCAGUUUGGUGUUGUAAGCCAUGCUACUUAUGCAAGUUAUUGCCAACAUUGCCGUCAUGAGUUUCUAGAAAGGAUUGGCGUAAGUACUGAUGAAGUGGCACGCAAUGGUGACGCAUUAGCAGUAACAGAGCUUUCACUUAAGUAUCUAGCACCUCUAAGGAGUGGAGAUAGAUUCCUGGUGAAGGUACGAGUAUCCGACUAUACAGCUGCUCGUUUAUUUUUCGAAGAAUUCAUCUUCAAGCUUCCAGAUCAACAACCUAUCUUGGAGGCAAGAGGAAUAGCAGUGUGGCUUAAUAAAAGUUACCGUCCUGUCCGAAUUCCGUCAGAGUUCACAUCAAAAUUUGUUCAGUUCCUUCGCCACAAGGCAUCUAACUAAUGUGCUUCUCAACUAAAUCCAGAAGAGUUCUUCUGAGGUGAAAAUUUGAUCUAUUUAUAUACGGCCCAAAGAUCUAGCACUUUUGGUCCCUCAAUUUUUAAUAAAAAUUCAGAAUUACAGCAUCCUAUGAAAAUGCCGCAAUUUCGUUUAUAUAUAACCGCUGCAAUAUCUUGGAUUUGUCCUUGAACAAAUAUCCAAACACCCCUUUGCUCAUACUUGAGGUUUUCACAAGCUAAUUGAACAAGACAAUAUAAAAAAUUCAAGCAUAUGUAUGGAUGUACCAUAAAUCAGGCUGAAGUAAAAGUAAACACUAACAGGGUCUUAAGGCAUUAAUUGAGUGUCCAAUUAUCAAUCAG